GCAGUUCUGACCCAAACAUGGCGACGGAGAGCUGCGAAAAGUGCUGAAUUCUGUCUACAUUUCGACAAAAUCGCGAAGAUCUCUGCAGGACGUUCAUACAGCAGCCGAUGCUCAACAUGGUCCGAACGGCACUGAAAGAUCACAAGGACAGUAAGAAGGACAAAGCGGGCCGGAGCAUGUCUCUCACAGGUCCUGGACCGGUCAAAGUGACCGAGUCGUUCUCAUGGGACGCGUAUUUAACAGAGUCGUCGUCCGUUCCCGCUCUUCCCAGCUGCUUCAGACAGUCUCGGAUUCCUCCCUCCAACGACUUCAAGGUGGGUAUGAAGCUGGAGGCCCGGGACCCUCGUAACUCCACCUCCACCUGCAUCGCCACGGUGAUGGGCUUGAUGGGCGUGAGACUCCGCCUCCGUCUGGACGGCAGCGACAGCACCAACGACUUCUGGGAUCAAUAA